AUGAUGGGUUUUGCGCGAUCUAAUCUGAACAUGGAUGUGAAGCAGCGAUUGUUGAGGUUUCUUUUCUAUUCCAUGUCUCUGUUUCUGCGACUACUGCAACUCCUCCAAAUGUUUUGCCUCAAAUUCAACUGUUUUCCUUGGUAUCGGAAAGGGAAAAACAACACUAUCAUCACUCUCCCUCAAGCCUUUUCACUUUCCUCUCCCACUCCUCAAUGGCCUCAAGUCACAGGACAAGGUUUUGCUUCUGGAAUUGUAAACCUCGGUGAAAUAGAAGUACGCAAGGUCACUGGGUUUGAGUUUGUUUGGAAUAGCAACAUUGGAAAGCCUGUUGCAUUCUAUAAACCUGUUGGAAUACCAGAUGGGUUCCAUAUACUUGGUCACUAUUGUCAGCCCAGCGACAAGCCGUUAUGGGGUUUUGUGCUUGUUGUUAGGGAAGUGGAAAGUGGCUCAUCUGAAAGAAGAAACCGUGAUAAAUUACCAGCUUUGAAGAAUCCUCUUGAUUAUAAGUUGGUAUGGUGUUCCAAUGCAGGAAGAAAGGAAUUGCCGAUUGGUUCUGCAUACUUUUGGGCGCCCGAGCCUUCUGAAGGCUACUGUGCACUAGGCUAUUUGGUUACUAACCGGCCCGACAAGCCCAGUUUGGAUGAAAUGAUCUGUGUUCGUGCUGACCUGACUGAUAAAUGUCAACCUUACCGUCUGAUGCUUGAUGCUGCUUCUGUAUAUCCUCAGUUUCCAUUUCAGGUGUGGAGUUUGAGACCUUGUGACCGUGGCAUGCCGGGGAAAGGAGUUUCUGUAGGGACUUUUUUCUGCACUAGUUGUUGGAACAAGGGAGAAGAGCUACCUGUUGUGUGCUUAAAGAACUUGAAUCCUCUGCUACCAGCAAUGCCACGACUCCACCAAAUACACGCACUUAUAGAGCACUAUGGUCCUACUAUUUUUUUUCAUCCUGAGGAAGUUUACUUGCCUUCUUCUGUUGAUUGGUUUUUCAAUAAGGGAGCCUUGUUGUACAGGAAGGGCGCAUAUACAGGAGAGGCUAUUGAUGCAGCUGGCUCAAAUUUGCCAGGUGGGGAAACAAAUGACGGGGAGUAUUGGAUAGAUUUGCCAAGUGAUGAUAGAAAGGAUUUUGUCAAACAUGGGGACUUGAAUAGUGCUAAGCUUUAUGUUCAUGUGAAGCCUGCUCUAGGUGGAACUUUUACUGAUAUUGCUAUGUGGGUGUUUUUCCCUUUCAAUGGACCCUCCACUCUGAAAAUUGGAGUUACAAGUAGGGUUUUUAGCAAGGUUGGAGAGCAUGUUUGUGACUGGGAGCAUUUUACCCUUCGUGUAUGCAACUUCUCUGGAGAGUUGUGGGGUAUAUAUUUCUCACAGCACAGUGGUGGUAAAUGGGUGGAUGCCUAUGAAUUGGAGUAUAUUAAUGGCAAUAAAGCUAUUGUCUACUCAUCAAAGAGUGGACAUGCAAGUUACCCCCAUCCUGGAACAUAUAUCCAAGGGUCUUCAAAACUUGGUAUUGGCAUUAGGAAUGAUGCUGCUCGUAGUAAUUUGUAUGUGGAUUCCAGUGUUCAAUACGAAAUUGUUGCAGCUGAGUAUCUAGGAGAUGCUGUCACAGAGCCUCAGUGGUUGCAGUUUAUGAGAGAGUGGGGUCCUAAAAUAGUUUAUGAUUCAAAAUCUGAGUUGGAUAAGAUAAUAAACACUCUACCUCGGGGGCUUCGAAAUCCAUUUGGUUGCUUCAUUAAAAAGCUUCCAGUGGAGCUGUAUGGUGAGGAAGGUCCUACAGGGCCAAAAGAGAAAAAUAACUGGAUAGGAGAUGAAAGAUGGUGA